AUGUUGUCCGAUCGUCAAUUGUCCGAAACCCUCUGCUUCUACUACGGCUUCGACGCCGAGAACGGUCGGAUAUUGGCGCUGCCGAUAGUGAGAGAGUGUUGUUGUGGGCAGCCGGAUUGUCAGGCCAAGCCUGUAGCUGGCAAGUCUUCCGUUUGGCGCCCGUCCGCUCGUCUGGCGGCUAACGCCUCCGCCGCUUUGCGCCUCGUCAGUUUUUCUUUGAUUUGUUGUGUUAGGGUUGAGAUUAGGGCUUUAGGUUAGAUAAAGUUAGAACAUAAAAGAAAUUGAGUUUUUUUAAUUAUUAUAGUUAUUUUAGGUAGUUUUAAUUGUUUUGGUAGGCUUUUUAAACGAUGUAGUACUAAAAUCAUAUCAAGAGUGAAAGCACAAUAAUAUUUAUAGUAUUCUAAAGCUUCUGCAAGACUUUUAGAUAACAAAAAGUUAAGAAAACCCCUUAGAAUAGACAAGAUAUCUUUCUAUCAGUUCAUUAGCUAAAAGAAAAGAGCUUUACUAAGCCCUUAAACGUGUAUUUUAAGCCUAUAAAAGGCGUAGAAUAUGCCAUAAGCAAGGUACCAAGUUAGAGUAAGAAGUCAAAACUCAAUGUCAUUUUAAAUUAGGUUUGAAAAUUUCAGCGCGCUCCACGCUCCGCUUGCAGCGUUUUGCCAACUCAGUGCUGUACCACCGAGGCCUACACGAGCAAGUGCUGCUUUAAGCGACGCUCCUUUAAACCAAAGUCAUCGUUUAUGCGGAAGGUGAGGGUUAGGAUGACCUUGCAGUUCAUUGAAUGUAAAAUUUAGAAAAAUGGUAAAUUUUGAAAACUUGAAGUUUCAAAUUUCAAAAAAAAUUCAAAAAAAUUUAAAUUUGAUUUUACUAACAAAAAAACGAAAAAAAAGUUUUGGAAGCUUAAUUUAAGUAAAAUAAUUAAAAUGCCUGGGGCAUCUUUUAAAAAUUUUAAUAUUUUAUAAAAUGAAUGAUAAAUUUUUUACAAAAUUUAACAAUUUUUCCAUUUUUAAAAACGUAAAAAGUAAAUUUAAAUUCAUUUUUCAAUGCCAUUUCCAAAUAACAGCAAAGUCAAUUUAACUUUUUAAAAUUUUUGAAUCAAAUCAAUGUUUUGUGUACAAGUUGUCAAGUAAACCUUUUAAGACUAUAUUUUCUUUUCCGCGUGUUAUACUUGCCAUAUAUUAAUAUUUUGCCAUUUCAGUGUACUUCAAGCGUCGCACAACACUCACCGUGCUGCUUUGUUACCUCCGGCAGAAAGCCGAGAUUUAUUAGACGAGCAAUUAAUGUAAGUUACUUUGCUUUGAUAUUUAGGUGUUUACCGUGUAUUCUAUGGUUUAUUGUGACUUUACUUUGAGUUUUACUUUAAAAUAUCUACUGCAAUAUGAUUUUUUACCUUAAGAUACCUACUAUAAUAUAAUUUUUUACUUUUAAAUUUUAUUUUUUAUCAAAAAAUCUAAAAAAUGCCAUUUCAGUGCCCACAGUCCAUUCAGCAGCGUCUUUUACAACAUUGACUCCUGUUCCGUGUCACCAUCCUCAUCCACAUACUCCACCAGCUCUAACCCCACAUCCCCUCAGGCAGUUCCAUGUUCAGCAUCGACCAGUAUCCCCAGCCCGCCCUUCCUCCACGUCCUAUGCCCCGCCGAAACCGUCGAUUGGCGCGAGUGGAUCGACCAACUUAUCGAUGAAGUCCGAAGCGAAAUUCACAACGAAACUGUAAGGUUGGGGUGAUUUGAGCGGGGAGAAGGGGGGGUGGGGGGGGAGAGCUUUAUUUAAGCUUGAAGCUGAUUGAAGUAGAGGGGGGGGGGCUUGAUUAGUACAGGGGUACUGUAAUAGUGUUUAUAAAAAGGUCGAACAAAUUUAUUAAUUUUUGUUGUUUUAGAUCUUUAACAAUGCUUCAUCUCCAUCUGGAUCCACCACGUCGUCGUCGAGUAGGAAGCGAAAGGUGAGUUUGGCCCUAAAAUACUUUAAAGAACUUUUUGAAAUUGUGGUUUUUACUAAUUUGUUCAAAUAAUUAUGUGCCCCUUAAAUUCGUAAGUUUGCUUUGUAAGGAGCACAGAAUUAUUUGAACUACCUAACAAAAAAGUUUUUAACUUUAUUGUAUAACCUAACUAAGCUCAAUGAUUUUCUAGCAUCCUUCCUCCGACUCACCGUGCUCAGACUCGGGAAUCGGCUCAGCCGCCUCCACCGGCUCCGCCACCCCUCCACCCCUAACCAAACGUGCCAAAAAGUACUCGCUAGCCUCGUUGUCGCACGAACAAAUCGCGGAACGCAAAAAAGAGCAGAAUCGCAUCGCUGCUCAACGUUACCGCUCCCGAAAGACCCACACCCUGGAGGAGGGUCGGGUCGAGAUCCAGCAUCUCGAGUCCCGCAACUCCAGCCUCCGCUCCGAGAUCGAAGCCAUGAAGAAGGAGAUUCAACAACUCAAGGGCGUUCUGGUCGGCGCUAACUCCUCAUAA